AUGCCGCCUCUGGACGCCAACGUGAUGGGUGCAAUUUCGAUCCGCUGCCGAUGGGUCAAACCUCCACGCAACCUCUGCAGCUCUCUCCAUAAUUUAGGGUUCUUUUCAACAGCUUCAUCAAAAUCAAGCCCUUACCGAUUAGGAAGGUUCCUCUUCUGUGAUGCUGAGGUAAUAUUUGGGCCUUUACACUUCGGCACUAAUGUUUCAGCUGUUGCUUAUAACAAUAACAUAAGGGCCGGUGCUAAUCUCUUGAUCCCAUUCAAGAUAUAUCGUAUCUCUGGUGCCAGUCUAAAGAAAGUUGAUGACAAAUAUAGGGUGGGACCAUAUGACUUUUCUUGGACCAUCAACAACAAUACACUCAUUCAGCCUUGUGAUGAUGUUGUCCCGACCCACCUCUAUUGCCAUAUAGACACUGAAAGAUUCGCAAACUUACACCGCUAUGCGGACUCGGAAAACUUACAGAAUAUUCUGGGAGUUGUUGUUCAUGCAUUUGAACAAAAACAAAGGGGCUUUGAUUCAAUCAUGAGAGACAUCGUGAUUGUGAACACUGAGAACAUGCCUAUGAUUUUAACCCUUUGGAAUGAGUUCGCUACCACUGAAGGUCAACAACUUGCAACUGGUAUCAACGCAGGAAACGUAAUCAUUGCAAUGCGUGUUCGGGUCACAACUUUCAAUGGAAUCUCACUCUCCACCAAAUCAACAAGUGCACUUCUCAUAAAUCCACCGACACCCGAGGCAAAUGAUCUAAAGCAGUGGUACAUACAAAAUAGGCUGGAUAUUGACAAUCUCAUUAUAGCCAGAGCAUUUACAGACCCUGCUGCAUUGCUUCCAAGGCCACCUGCUGAAAACAUCAUGAGUAUUGAAACUUACUUGAAUCCUGCUACCAAUGUAAGUGCACAAUAUUCGAAUGAGUAUAGAAAAUAG